AUGGUGGCGGAUGGAUCUGAGUUUGUGUUCGCUGCUGGUGGUGGCUCGAAGGAGGGUCUGGUUGCUGAAGAGAAGCGUGCUCGUACCCGAGAGAUGUUGGAUGUUGGUGGAUUGGAUUCUGAUGUGCUUCCUCCUUCCUUGCCCCCAAUUUCAAUGAGCUUCAAAGAUAAAGUCUGUGGUGAUUUUGGGAUGGCUGAGGAUAAGUUUGAUAUCAGUGAUGAUGAUGUUGUAAUCAAGCAUGGGGCUAUUCCAUCCAUUGAGUUUUCUGAAAGGGUUAAGGAUUGCUUGUACAGGCCUUGGAGGACUGCUGUGAUUAUUAAGCUAAUGGGUCGGCCUCUUUCGUAUACUUUCUUGCGUGAUCGCUUGCUUCAACGCUGGGAGUUGAAGGGUCCAAUGAGUUUAGUUGAUCUGGAAAACAAUGAUUUCAUUGUCAAAUUUCUUCUUGAGGAAGAUAAGAGGUAUGUGCUCACUGGCGGUCCCUGGCAAAUUGCUGGGCAAUAUAUUGUGACUCAAAAUUGGAAACCUGGGUUUAAUGCUAAAGAAGAGAGGGUUACUCACAUGACAGCUUGGGUUCGAAUCAAUGGGUUGAAUGUGGAGUUUUUUCGUACUGAUGUUAUGACGAAAAUUGGAAAUCUCAUUGGUACUACCGUAAAGGUGGAUGCGCAUACUAUGGGUCAAGCUCGAGGUAAGUUUGCUAGGCUGUGCAUUGAGCUUGAUUUAUCGAAGCCUCUUAUCCCCUUUAUUGAAGUUGAGGGACGUACUUAUGGGGUUGUUUAUGAGGGGAUUCAGCUAGUCUGCUUUGAAUGUGGUUGUUUUGGUCAUGGUAGAGAUUCUUGCCCUGUUAUUAUGGAGGCUAAGCAAAAGCAGGCUGCUGAGGAAGAAGCUUUUGAGAAUAUGGAGGGUACUCCUCCCGCUCCAAAUGAGGAUGUUGUUGUGGACCCUGCUAAUUUGGCUGCUGAGACUCCAGCUAAGAUGCAUGGUCAAUGGAUGCUAAUGAAACCAAAAAACUUCAGAAAGAAGGUUCCACAUGAACAAGGGCAGUUGUUCUCUUCUCCCAAGAAGUCUGAUAAGGCUAGUGGUGUGAAGAUGGCCAAUAGCCA